AUGCGCAUGACAAGGAAGGGGAGGAAGGAAGACGAAGCGGUGGAAGUUGGUCGAUGGCUCAAGCAGGGUUCCGGCUCACUCCCAGCCCUCCCCCCGUGCAUGCUGGCUCACAUUGCUCUGGUUGUGACAGAAUCUUGUUCAUUCCAUCUACUGUGGACGUUUCAGCGUGUUCUAUAUCGUCUGCGGCGUACGGUGCCUCCACUCUAUCACAUGGCGAGUCAGAGAGAGGGAGGGAGAAGAAACACGAUGGUGAAAGAAAUCAAGAAGAUUUGCUGCAUAGGGGCCGGUUAUGUUGGGGGUCCCACGUGCAGUGUGAUCGCCCUGAAAUGCCCCAACGUCACCAUCACCAUCGUAGACGUGAACCCCUACAAGAUCGAGCAAUGGAAUUCCGAGAAGCUUCCCAUCUAUGAGCCGGGAUUAGACGAGGUGGUGAAGGAAUGUCGAGGUCGGAAUCUGUUUUUCAGCACGGAUGUGACAAAGGCCAUCCGAGAGGCCGAUCUCAUCUUCAUCUCCGUCAACACCCCCACGAAAAUGUAUGGAGCCGGUAAAGGGAGAGCAGCAGACAUGACUCAUGUGGAAUCGUGUGCGAGACUGAUAGCGGCUAAUGCCGUGGGACACACGGUGGUCGUAGAGAAAAGCACCGUCCCGGUCCGAUCAGCCGAAAGCAUCGCGCACAUCCUCCAUGCCAACGUCCGACCCGACGUCUCCUUCCAGGUCAAUUCACCUCCCUUUUCGUCCCUUUUUGCGCGCAGGUGGUCGUCUCUCCUUGACACCCUGUCUCCCUCGCGGCAGGUGCUUUCCAACCCAGAAUUCCUGGCAGAAGGAACGGCCAUGCAGGAUCUGAUGGAGCCAGAUCGUGUGCUGAUAGGAGGAGACGACACGGAAUCCGGCUGGGAAGCCAUCCGAUCUCUUCAGUGGAUCUACGAACACUGGGUCCCUCGGGAACGCAUUCUCACCAUGAAUACUUGGUCUUCCGAACUUUCCAAACUAGUAGCCAACGCUUUCCUUGCUCAACGAAUCUCCAGCAUCAAUUCUAUCUCGGCCUUGUGUGAAGCCUCUGGUGCCGACGUGUCUCAGGUGGCCCAUGCCGUCGGCAAAGACUCCAGGAUCGGCAGCAAGUUCCUCGAAGCUUCUGUUGGAUUUGGAGGAAGUUGCUUCCAGAAAGACAUCCUGAACCUUGUUUAUGUCUGUGAGAGUCUCAGUCUUCCGAAAGUGGCAGAGUAUUGGCAGCAGGUAUUGGACAUGAAUGACUACCAAAGGCUGAGAUUCUCACAAAAGAUUGUGAGCAACAUGUUCAACACUGUAUCAAACAAGAGGCUUGCAAUUCUGGGCUUUGCAUUCAAGAAGAACACUGGAGACACAAGAGAAUCUUCUGCCAUAUAUAUCUGCAGACACCUUUUGGAGGAAGGAGCUCAGAUUCAUAUCUAUGACCCCAAGGUACAAGAGGAAAGCAUAAUAUCAGAACUAACACCAACAGGAGAAGAUCCUAAAAACACCAAAAAACAGGUUCAUGUCUUCCAUAAUGCAUAUGAAGCCAUCAGUGGGGCACAUGCAAUUGUCAUCUGUACUGAAUGGGAUGAAUUCAAGGAGUUGGACUUCAAGCGUGCAUAUGAAAGCAUGCUGAAGCCAGCCUUCCUUUUCGAUGGUCGAAAGAUGCUUGACCAUGACUCCCUUCUCAAGCUGGGGUUCAUUGUGGAAACAAUUGGGAAGCGAAUUGUUCGACCCAUGGUUAGAGGACCUGAACAUUGACCUCAUUACACCAAACAAAUAUAUUUUUUCCCCCUCCAAUCCCUGUGACCAUGACCUAGCAUAUCUUCUCAUUUUGGAGAGCAUUCAGAUAUAUGUCUGCUCAACCUGUUAAUGCUUCACUCCUCUGCUUUACCAUAUCC